AUGAUAAACAAAAAGCAGAAGAAGAAACGGCCCACUCAGCCAAAGGUCAAGGCGCGCGACAUCUGCGACGUUGAUCCGAACCAACAGAAUGGGGACGGUGGAGCACACAUAAUGAACGUUGUUGUCGUUGAUGAUCUGUGCCCAAACCCUGGUUCACGAAGAAAUAGUAGGGACAAAUCAGUGGGACUAGUGUCGCAAUUAUCCUCUACUGAAGAAUCCGAACCACUUGGAGAAGAUGCAUGGCAUCUCACGAACAGUGAAUCUCCUGAGCAGACUGCCGAGGUCUCCGAUAGACUGGCAUUCGGCACAGCCACUCGCUCGUAUAAUGGAACCUGCUUAAGUUUUGACCGAUUCGAGACUUUCCCUCAAUGGAAACGAUCUCUCAUCACGUAUUUCUCCAGGCGUAUUGCCCCGUACAUGCUGUCUAUUGAUGACGAAUCCAACGGGUGGAGGGAAUUGAUACUACCUAUUGCACUUGAUGAUGAGGUGGUCAUGGACGCUGUGAUUACCGCGUCAGCCUACCAUAUUUCUGCAAACUCCGACGCAAACCUGGUGCUCGGGCCAUUAUCAUACACGAAAGCCAUCGAUGGCCUCAUGAAGAGGCAGGAUUUCAGGAGUCUCAAACCCUUGGUCAAUGGCUUUAGCGUAAUCGCUAUCCUUGUACUACUCUGUUCGGUGCUUGUCACCGGCUGCGACGAUUUCCCGAUCAUGUUCAAGAUGCUCAAGUCUGCCUACGAGGUUAUGAUGGAGGAUGGUGGUUCCGGCGACCAUACACUGAAUAUCUUCUUACGAAGACAAGUCAACAAGUGGGUAUAUUUGUAA